AGAGCAAGUUUUACCAUCCACUGGGAACCACCUAAACCACCAUCAUGGGCAAGAUCAUCUUCUACGAGGAGAGGAACUUCCAGGGUCGCUCCUAUGAGUGCAUGAGCGACUGCUCCGACGUGUCCUCCUACCUGAGCAGGUGCCAGUCCUGCAGGGUGGAGAGCGGCUGCUUCAUGGUCUACGAGCGCCCCAACUUCAUGGGCAUGCAGUUCUUCAUGAGGAGGGGCGAGUACAACGACAUGCAGCGCAUGAUGAGCAUGGGCAUGAUGUUCGACAACAUCAGAUCCUGCAGGAUGAUCCCCUUCCACAGAGGUCAGUUCAGGAUGAGGAUCUACGAGAGGGAGAACUUCGGUGGUCAGAUGAACGAGCUGAUGGACGACUGUGACAACAUCAUGGAGCGUUACCGCAUGUCCGAGUGCCAGUCCUGCAACGUGAUGGAUGGCCACUGGCUGAUGUACGAGCAGCCCCACUUCAGAGGCAGGAUGAUUUACCUGAGGCCCGGAGAGUACAGGAGCUUCAUGAACAUGGGCAUGAGCGGCACCAGGUUCCAAAGCAUGAGGCGUAUCACUGACAUGUGCUAGACUUCUGUUUUUGACCUAAGUGAAUAAAGAUGACAUGUAAUU